AUGAUUAAACGAUUCCCCACACCCGUUUUGAAACAAAAUUGGCCCUUCUUUGUUGCAGGUGCUAUCACAUAUUGGGGAGUUUCCAAAAUAACAACGGCAUCUGAGAAUUCUGACGAAUGGAUUAACGAUCCAAGAAAUCCCAGAUUUGCCAAAGGUGGUAAGAUCGUCGAUUUAAAUAAGGAUAAAGCUCAUGAAUGA